AAUCUUCUACACAUGCGCAGGAGCCGGGCUGACAAAUUUCAAACUGGACGGCGGGUAGUUGAGUCGCAGACAGAAAAAACAAACAAAGGUUCAUUGUUGGAAGAUUUAACUGAACGUUUACAAAAAUGACCAGCACACUGAAAGGAAUUACCCUGAAAGGAAGCGCGGAGCUCGUGGCAGAGUUCUUCUCAUUCGGCAUCAACAGCAUCCUGUACCAGCGAGGCAUCUAUCCUCCAGAGACGUUCACCAGAGUCACCCACUAUGACAUGAGCCUUCAACUCACCACCGACCCCAAGCUGAAGAACUACCUAACCAACGUGGUGUCUCAGCUCAAAGAGUGGCUGUUUGAGUGCACAGUGCAGAAGCUGGUGUUGGUGAUUACAUGUCUGGAAACCAACGAGGUGCUGGAGAGAUGGCAGUUUGACAUCGAGUGUGACAAGUCGGCCAAGGAGAGCAGUGCUCCCAGAGAAAAGUCCAUUAAGACCAUUCAGGAUGAGAUCCGCUCGGUUAUCAGACAGAUCACGGCCACGGUGACUUUCCUGCCGCUGCUCGAGACGCCAUGUGCGUUCGACCUCCUCGUCUACACGGACAAAGACCUGGUGGUGCCUGAAAAGUGGGAAGAGUCCGGACCACAGAUCAUCGACCAAUCAGAGGAGGUGCGCUUGCGCUCCUUCACCACCUCCAUCCACAAGGUGAACAGCAUGGUGGCGUACAAGAGGACCGACUCAGUUUAAACUUCUCAACUGUGACCUUCCCCCACCCCCCCCAAACUCCCCCCUACCCCAUGAGCUGUAUAUUGUGCCCAUCACUGCCCCUUAGAGAAAACAGUAGAUUUUUACACUGCCCUGUGCUACCUCACCGUCCUUGUCUCUGUCCCAGCAUUCUCCCGCCUUCUUCGUCUUCUUCGUGUCUUCACUGAUGUAAAUAUUUCUCAGCUGUGAUUCUCUUUUCUUUCUCUCAAGUAAUUAACCUCUGUUUUAGAAGCUAGUGGUUUAUAUGUUAAACUUUUAUAAAAUGUCUGAAAUAAAUCUUUCACAAAGGUU